GAACGACCUGCAGGGCAUUAUGGGGCGGAGAUGGCAUUCUAGUACACACACGGACGACGGCAAAGCAAGGCUAGUACGAGACCUGGAACACACCUGCGAGUGGACAUAGAUAUCCAUUAAAAGCACACAACCAAGCAAAGGAGUCCUGCAGACGGGAAUCGGCUCUCGGAUUUCGGUGUCAUGGCUCAGAAUGAUCUGAUGAGCAGCGCGGAGGACGUGGCGGAUCAGUUCCUUCGAGUGACGAAGCAGUACCUGCCCCACAUAGCGCGUCUCUGUCUGAUUAGCACGUUCCUGGAGGACGGCAUUCGCAUGUGGUUCCAGUGGAGCGAUCAGAAAGAAUAUAUUGAGACGACCUGGGGAUGUGGCUUCUUCCUGGCCACACUGUUCGUUUUAAUCAACUUACUCGGACAGCUGGGUGGUUGUAUACUGAUCCUGAGCAGGAAUUUUGUGCAGUAUGCCUGCUUCGGGUUAUUCGGGAUCAUCGCCUUACAGACUGUUGCCUAUAGCAUUCUUUGGGACCCCAAGUUUUUGAUGAGGAAUCUGGCUCUGGGUGGAGGGCUGCUGCUGCUGCUUGCAGAGUCGCGCUCUGAGGGCAGGAGUAUGUUUGCUGGGGUUCCUACUAUGAGAGAGAGCUCUCCGAAGCAGUACAUGCAGCUGGGUGGCAGAGUCCUGCUGGUGCUUAUGUUUAUGACACUGCUGCACUUUGACACAAGCUUCCUCUCGAUCUUGCAGAACCUGGUGGGCACAGCACUUAUUGUCCUGGUGGCAGUCGGUUUCAAGACUAAACUAGCCGCCCUAACCCUGGUUAUCUGGCUGCUGGCUAUCAACGUGUAUUUCAACGCUUUCUGGACCAUACCAGCCUAUAAGCCCAUGCACGACUUCCUCAAGUACGACUUCUUCCAGACCACGUCGGUGAUCGGAGGCCUUCUGCUGGUAGUAGCACUAGGUCCAGGUGGGGUCUCCAUGGAUGAGAAGAAGAAAGAGUGGUGAGACAGGACUGAACUCAAACGGCUCACUCGCUCACUCAGUAGCUUGCUCUUUGGCAACAGCUUUCACAGAAAGCAGGUGCACUACUUAGGGAGGAAAGAGCCAAUUGAGACGUGGCCUCACAAACACCCCAGGACCGACAGAACGACCCGUUCUCCAAAUCUCAUGCACUGUCUGUAAUUUCAUCUUGCGUGCUUACUGAAUUAUUUCUACCAGCACUUUUAGACAUGUUAGUUUAUCAUAUUUAUUUUCUAAGGUUCGGGUCAGAUUCUGUUAUUUGACAACCCCCUUGAAAAUCUUAAACAUCCGUGUCAUAAAAGCUGCGACUAUGCUGAACGAAUAACAAAUGAAUCUCCUUUGCCAUUUUUCUAUACCUUUUUUUUUGUUUUGUUUCGGUGCCAAUUGCAAGUCGGCAAACCAAAGACAUAAGCUUCAGAUAUAUACAUCAUUCUGCUUAUAUCUUCAUUUAAGCCAUUUAAUUGAUGUUAAAAUUAAUUUAAAGUAAAAUGUCAGUCGUGUUACGUGUACUGUCUCUGGGCAGGACUUCAGCUGAUAUUGUUUCCGUGUUAAUCUGCUGCACACUGGUUAUGUUAAAUGUUUUGAUCUCUCCCCGUCAACAGGCCAAACAAGUUAAAGAAGAUUUCACAAAGAGAGAUUCUUAUUCAUAAAUAUAUUAUACCAUUUAAAUGUAGUAAAAGGUAAAGAUGAAAAAGUUGAAUGGCCAUUGCAUUCCAUUCUGAAGCUCCACUGGCUUCUCAUGUCCAUGUAAGAAGCUGUUAUUUUGUACGUGUGUUCGCUGUCUGUCGUCAGGUCACUUUGAAGUUUACAAAAAGUGAGUUAUAGUGUUUCUCGAAACAAGCAGAGAAUGAGAUGACAAUAUUGUAACCCUGUGGUUUGUCAGGCUCAGUGUUUAUCUUCUUUGUAAAAAAAAUGAAAUAACAGAAAAAUAAUGGUUUUCUAAGUGUUUAAAAUAUUUGUUUUGACAUAUAAAGGGAAAAGAAAACAAUUUUGUGUUUUUUGUUUUGUUUUUUUUUGUAAGUAAUCGACAAUAAAUCUGUAGUGAUAUUCAAAAAACAACCCUUUUGGUCUACAUGACAUGAAAACAGAUGUAUUGUCAUUGAUGCCGGUUGUCAACAUAAACAUAAAUAAGUUUUGAGCUGUCAUAUUCAAAA